ACCACUUUGCAAAACAAAACGUCAACAACGUCAAUCAGCUGAAUUUUCCACUGCGGCGUGUGAAUGCGUAAAUUAAAUUGUAAUUUGUGUUUAUUUAUAAAAUAAGCAUCCCAACUAUAAACAUGGCAACAGGAGUUAAGCCUCGUGAAGAAGAUGUCCAGUUCUCUAGAACUGACUUGGAAGCUAUACAAGAAGCAAUGAAGAAUAAGAAGUUUCGAGAAUUAUUGGCAGAGUACUGCGACGAGAUGCGUGACCCGGCGAGCCAAGCCCUAUAUCAAAAAGAAAUGACACAACUUGAGAAGGAACGCGGUUAUGAUGUAACAUUUAUCAACCCGAAGGGCGGAUAUGUUAUCAAAACUAGUGUCGCCGGCGACAGGAAAGCGUUUAUUAACAUUUGCAGUAAUGGCUACGUCGGCAAACCGUCCUGCAAUAUAAAGGUAAUUGACGGUAAAAAAGGUAUGAACUGGCUUAUACCCUACUCGUUAAUCCCGCCUAGAGAAGAUUACGAUGCUAAGAGGCAAAAAUGUGUUAUUUAUGAUGUUGUUUUCCAUCCUGACACCCUGCGAAUGGCCGACCAGAAUAAGCAAUUCCGGGAGCUUGUAAACAACACUGCCUUCGAUGCAUUGAAGAAAACAUACAACAUUCACUUGGACAGUAACAAUUUACGUUUUCCAAAAUCAUUGUACAAGGGAAUGGCCAACCCAGCAGUUAUCAGGAAAGAAGAUCCUGACUACCAACCACCAACUGAAGAGGAAACUGAACAUUUGUCCCCAGAAAUAAUGGAGAAGUUGUAUCCUCAGCAUAAUUAUCAGCAGCCUAAGCCUGAUAAUCUAAAUGAGAAGAAACAAUCAAGAAAAAAUGAGAAAAAUGUUACAAGUGAAUUUAGACACUCAACCAAAAAUGGCUACACUGUACCGAAAUAUAUAAUUAAACAGCAGAAAAAUGUAGACCUACAAGAGUAUACUUUCCAUAAAGACAGCAAACAGCACUCAGCCAUACCAAGCCACAUUGUUCUGGAAAUAUAUCUCCCUCUUCUGAACUCAACCAAGGAUUGUACUCUAGAUGUUGAAGAGAAGCACCUUUACUUAGUGUCGGAAAAACCAGCUAAAUAUAGGCUUGAUAUUAACUUACCAUAUGCAGUCAAUGACCAGUGUGGAACAGCCAAAUUUGAUAAGUCUAAGCACACUCUUGUUGUUUCCCUACCAGUGAUUAGGCAACAUUAUGCCAGCCAUAACUCUUUGAAAGUUGACAGUGGGGUGGAAAGUGAAGAAAACUCAGGCUCGAGUGAUGACGACAAGGAGAAGUUAGUAGAAGAGUUGUCUUCUACUCCAGCAGAGGCAACUACUGCAGAGCCACAGACAUGUGAAUCCAAUAAUGACUUAUUCAUUAAUCCUUCCUUAGCAUACACACUGCCUGAGUACACCCACAAUGCCCUAGAUGAUACUGUAGCCUUCACCUUCCAUGUGAAAAACACUGAACCUGACUCUGUCAAGGUCAAGCAAGAUGGAAAUAAAAUAUACAUCAAGUUUACCACUGUUGGUUCAGGAUUUGUCCCAGUUUACUAUGCAGCUAUCAUUAUUUUUGAUGAACAUUCUAAAUUUGAAAAUGUUUCCGGGGAGGCCUGGGAUAACAAUGUUAUUCUGCAGAUGGAUGUUGUUGGCGAGUUGCCUAAGACAUUCCAAAUUGGGUUAAAUGAAGAGUCAUUAGUGUCUGAGCAUUUUAAUGUCAGCCCCGAAGACAAGGUUAACAAAUUAGAUAUGGAAACAGCAUCUGAUAAUGGAAAUAAGUCUGAUGAAGUAGCACCAGUUAUAGCAGUGAACAAUAGGGGUUCUGAGACAAAUAUUGUUGUCUCAUCUAAUGAUCAAGAUGAAGAUGAUGAUGAUGAAGAGGAAAGUCCUUCAAAUGGGCGAGAAAUAGUGUGGGCUGAAGGUACUCAUAAUGUGAGCAGCGCUAAGAGCAUCCUCCGCAAGUCUCUUGGGAGAAGUUACUCUGAGUCCAGCAUGGGUGAUGUGGCCUCAUCUAUGGAUUACAUCAGCUCAGAUUGCAUCCCCGAAGAGUCAAGCCUGAAGAAGACUGUUAGGUUCAACAAUGUUAUUGCCAGGAAAUUUUACAGAUACAAUUCAUCAAUUGAAGGUCAGAAGAAGAAGAACCAGCGCAAGAAGAGUAAAAAGCGCUCCCAGGAGAGACGCAAGAGCGAGAGCGAGGCUGACGACGAGCACACGAAUGAGUCUACCAUGCCUGCCAAACCGAAGUCUGUUCUGAAGAAGCGUUGCGACAGCGGACUAGCGGACACCUCCGACGCUGACACCGAUUUCAAGAACACUCCCGACCAGUAUAGCUGCAGCCAAGACAAUAACUGGAAACCCGAUAGCAAUAAGUCCGUACUGAACAUCGUAGGAAAUAGUAAAAGUAAACCUGAGCCCACUAUAUGGGAAUCAGACAAGUGCUCUGAAAAGGAACGCGAAGGCAAAGCCAUGCCGAACCCACCAAUCAACUGUGAUAACAUCAAACAUAACACCAAUCUCUAUGAUCCGGAUAAACUGAAUCCCGGCAAGAACCUUGAAGUAAAGUUCAAAAACGAUCUCAUCUUUGACUUGGACAUGUGAGAGUGUCCUGGUCAACCCUCGAUAUAUAAGGUGCACUAUAAUUUAGGAGCAUACUAAUAGUAAUAAUGUUUUCCCUUUCCCAGUGGGUUACACCCAAAUUAACUUUUACCUUUCCCAGUAAUAGCAUAGAUAAAAUAUUUUUACAUGUAGAUAUUACGUAAGAUUGCAUGCACUCCAAAAUACUGUAGCCGUAUUCAAAGAUGGCCUUAAUAUCGAUAAAAACUAAUCAAAAAAUCGUAUAGAGUGGAAUUUUAUGUGUAAAAUUCCGUAAACAAGGUCCAUUUAUACAAAAUGUGAGAGGAUCGUCGACUAGCAUCGAGAAUAGCAGGUGUUUACUGAUAGAAUUCAACUCUGUAUUAGAAAAUUUCAGGCUAACAGAUAACUUUGUCUGCAUUCGCAACGUCUAUCUAUGUGUAGGAAUAUUUUAUCUAUGCUUACAUAAAUUUAACAAUUAUGUUCCUUUUACAUUUUUAGUUUUAGUGGUGUAGUAUUAUAUUUCUGCUGCAUUUAGUUUAGCAAUAGUGUGCUGUCUGGCGUGGUGACUUUAGUUGAUUAUGUUUCAAAUCAUGAGCUAUCAUUUUAUAAUUUUAUCGAUCCUAGGUAGUUUUAAUUUCACGUUUUAUUCGAUUUAUGUUUAUGGGUAAUAACUUUACUUAUACCUAUACAAAUGUUUUUAACGAAUCUGCUCACUCAUAGCAAUAACAUUUUAUCAUAUUAUAUACAAUAACAACUAAAUAAAUGCAUUUCGAAGGUACAAAUCAUAAGUGGUCUGAUGAAAUAUUGUUUUACAUGAAUAUACAUGAUUAGUCAAUUAUAUUAAAGAAAUGCUUUUUUAACAUUGACCGACGUGGAUGUAUCAUACAUGCGUGUUUGUAUCAUGCAUGAGAAAUGAAGUAUAAAAUUAACUUUUAGUUUUUAAAAUUAAUUACAUUUUAUUUGUUUAAAUGUCUGGAAUGUCUCAAAAGAUAUCACAAAAUGCAUUUUCUAACAUAACCAUUUCAGUCUCAUCAAACUAUACCUAAGUACUAAUUUAAACACAAUGUUCAAAAUUCUAAAUUGUUAAUUCAUCUAAUACCUACUUAGCUUUAUUUAGACGAAUAUUGUAGCGUGAGAAACGAACCUUAGUGCGGAUUCACACAUGAUUUCGCAUUGUAUUUUAUUUUAACAGAAACUUCUGUAUUUAAAAUUCACAAUGCGAAAUAUUUUCAUUGCGGCACGGUCUGCUACACAUACUAACAAAUAUAUACAUAUAAUGGCUAUCUCCAACUUCCAUCCUAUAAUUCAAUUUUUUUUAAAGAAAAUUGGCAAUAAAUUUUAAUAAUGGUCUCGUCACGUACCAAUAAGUUAUAGUGGUUCUGUUUUGUCACGUGGGUACUAAUAGUGGUUCCGUUUUGGUCUGACCUUAACAAUAUAUUAAAAAAACUUUAAUCAUGUACUUUGUGGUGUUUAUUGAAUACAUUGUUUGACGUAAUA